AUGCUCAGCCAAACCUCCAGCCGCAGCACGGUCAUGAACUUGAACAGUGAAGUCUCGCGGACCGGCUUGCGCAUCACUAUCAGUAUGCCAGUUUGCUCGAAGUACGGUGCAACAAAGUCAACCACCUCCUCCCGUUCGGCCGUCAUUUUUAUCGCAGCGACAGCAAAGUCGAUCUCACCGACGACUAGCUCCCCGAUCAGACCAUCCCAGCGCCCAUCGCCGGUAUCUAGCCGCUGGCCGAACGUUCCGUUCCGAGGCGCAACGAGAUCGUAG